UCUGGCUGGAAGGACUGCAGAAAACCGUUUUCGUGUGUGUGUGUGUGUGUGGAGUGGAUGAGUGACAAAGCAAGCACAGCAACACCAGCACAACAACACCAGCAAGACACCGCAGGUGCACCCACACAGCAGGCAGACGACAACCAGCAUGGCCGGCGCUGGCGAUGGUGGUGCUGGUGCAGGUGGGCAGCCCUUGCCCUUCAAGGAAGCCUUGUUCUGCUUCUUCGUGAGCAUUGCCACCAUCCUUGGCACAGGCAUCUUGGCGCUGCCUGUGAAGCUGUACGAGUGCGGCUUUGGACCGUUUGUUGUCACCUUCCUCUUUGCUCUUCUUGCCCAAACUGGCGUGGUAUGGCUGAUGGUUGAGAUUCUGCAGCGGGCUGAGCACCGAAUGGCGCACAGUGCGAGCGGCCCACAGGCCAGCCCCUCCCUCCACAGCCUCGCGGCCAUGUACCUGGCACGCCCCAUCAGAUUCGUGUUCAACCUCUCCGCCAUGGUCCACUUUGUCUCCCUUCUCAUCGGCUACGUCUUGGCGUGGAGCAAGGCCUUCUGCCAGCUGGCUGGCUGUGAGGAUCGUGUCGUCAUCACCCCGUUUGUGAUUGUGUUCACGGCAGCCAUCGUCAUCUUCAACAAACAGCUGCAGCCGCUCGUCACCACCCUCACCUUCAUCAAGUGCGUGAUGUUGAUUGUCAUGGUGGGUGUCGUCGGCUACAUCGGCAGCAAAGCGGAUAUCGAUCCCUCCACUUCCUGGCCAGCCAUGGGCUCACCGUUCCUCAUCGGCACCAUCGCCCUCGGCGGCGUCGUCAACGUGAUGCCCGUCCUGUACGAGCGCAUCCCAAAGUCCUCCACCGCCAUCCGCCAGUUCCGCUCCUCCGUCACCGCGGGCGUCGCCGUCUGCUGGGCCCUCAACAUCCUCUGGUAG